AUGGCGGUUCCGAUUGACUUCCUCAUCAACUCUCCACACGAAUCAUCCGACGACGACUUCAGCGAAUACGAAAGUAGCUAUUCAUCGGAAGACGAAUCCAUGGAAGACGAACCGUCGGAUGACAUCAACGGAGGAUCUCUCUCCAACCUCGAACAGAAACAAGAGCCUAAUGGUGCUGAGGAUGAGUUAUGGGUUCGGUAUCCUUAUUUUAAGAUGUUGGUGGACGCCGUUAUAGCUCAAGGUUUGGUGGUGGUCACUAGGAACGAUGCGUUUGAAUUAGCCAAGCUUCUCGGAGAUGACAAGGCCAAAGAGCUGAACGAGAAAUGGAAGGAUUUGUGUAGCAAGCAGCUGGAUCUGUGCAGCCAGAUGUUCGGCGUCCUUGCUUCUGCCAUCUCCUCGAUGAAAUCCGGAAUUUGA